AUGUUUCAACUCUUGCUUUCUUUUUCUGCAGCUAAAACUGUAGCAGAUGUAGCCCCUCCAUAUCAAUUGGAUAAAAACGGUAAAAUUGGAUUGUGGGAGUACUCUGGAGCCACUGUUCCAACUGAUGAAGGAAUUAUCGUUGUCCCACCACUCCAACAUAGAAAAGGUUGCCUUUGGACUGAUGUUGAGAUACCAUCCGAUACAAUGUGGUUAAUAAAUUACACAUUGCAGAUUCCGCGUGUUGAAGGUGGCCAAUUUGGCUUCUGGUUCAUUUCUAAAUACGGCGCGCAAGGUAAUCUUGCAGGUGGUCCACAGAAGUUCGAUGGUAUUGCUAUAUUGGCUCAAGUUGCUCAGAAAGAAGACGGAAAAUUCGGAUUUUACUUGAACUAUUUUGAAAACGACGGUACAAAAGCAAUCAACCCAGAAGAUAUUUCAAAGAAUGGAGUAUUUGUCGAUUUCUCACGCAGAGCUCCAUUCCAAAUCUCAAUUCAAUUCUUGAAAAAUAAAAUCGGAGUUUAUUCGCCAAUGCACACUAUUAACAAAGGAAUUAUCCUUGAAGCAUUCCUCAAACGCGAUAUAUCACAGAAUUACAUCGGUAUGACCGCUCAAACCGAUUAUUAUACGAUGAGAUUAGAUUUACUCGAUAUUAAGUUCGAUGUCAAUCUCAAAACCGCAGCAAGGCAUUCAGCAACAAUGAAAACAUCUCCACAUUCAGCUAAAUACCAGCCAUCAGUAAGUCGCCACCUCAGAAACAGUAAUUAUAACCUUACUCUCAAAGAAGCCGACGAAUUCGAGAAAAACCAAGGUAUCGUUAACGACGAAAAGAAUAUCUACCAAUUACUUGACGUUAUCGAAGAGAUAAAUAAGGCCAAUUUCGAUGUAGCGUCAUUCAGUGAAUUGAACGCUUUCAUUCGUAAUAAUAUCCUUAAUUACACUCAGAAAUGGCAGAAGCGUACAGUAAAAUUGGUCGAAAGAGUACAAAAUACACGCGAUAUUGCAUCUUCCGCUUUUAAUUACACCCAUCAGAUGAUGGAGCUCUUCAGAGACACAAUGUCAGUAUCUGUGUCCAAGGCGAACUCUAAAAUCCACGAUAUGAAUGCUCUUCUCAACGAAAUCGGCGCAAGAGGCGUAGAUGAGAACAGAGAACUUCAGGAAAUGGCCAAUGAGGUCAACAAGCACUCCAUUGGUUCGUAUUUGAUGUACGCAGCUAUUGCUGAAGUAGUUGGAAUUUUAAUUUUAUUAAUUUCUGCAAUGACAUGUGGCAAGAACUAUGUAUAUGGAUCCCUUAGGAACUAA